AUGGCAGUACGAAGUUCAGAAAGUGGAGUGGGUGCAAAGAAGAGCACACCAGGAUCGUUCUUCACCAAGAGAACCGCUAUGCUCUUCUUUGUUGCUGCUUAUAUUUUUCUAAAGCACCAGGAUGACUUCGCAAGCCAAAACGCUGCUGCGACAUUACAAGUGAGCAACAGAAUUGCCCGAAAUUUAAAGGCGAACACAGAAACUGCUCCAUCGGAAGAGGAACUCGAAUAUUAUGAGGAUGGUGAUGAGAACCAUGGAGAUGGUGAGGAAGCAUAUGAGGACCCCGAAGAGGCCUAUGAAAGCCACCCCGAAGAAGCCUAUGAAAGCCACCCACAGGAAAUCUCUAAACACCACCCCGAAGAAAUGUAUGAAGAAUACGAAGAAGAAGGAUAUUCGAACGAUGAACAGGAAGAAGAAGUUUCUGAAGAAGAAGAUGAAGAAAGACCAGCGGAGAAAGAAGAGGAAGUAAGGGAGGAAGUAUAUCCACAGGAGGAGUCGAUAGUAGAGCAUGACGACGCAAGGGAAGAAAAUUUUGUUGAAAGAGAAGAAAAAGCUCCCACUGAAAAGGAAGAAAAUUCUGCUGAAAGGGAAGUAGCUUCUGAAGGGGAACAAGCUGAACAACCAGCUCAGUACGUCCAGGAGGAGGAGGAUGAUGAUGACUCCAUAUCUGGUAGCCAAUCCAAUGUAACCUCUUGUUGGAAAUGCUUUAAGCGUACAAAUAAGAAUGGUAAGAAAAAAAAAAAAAAAGAAAAAAAAGAAGAUGCUCCUGUUGAAAGAGAAGAAGAAGGUCCUGUUGAAAGAGAAGAAGACGCUCCUGUUGAAAGAGAAGAAGACGCUCCUGUUGAAAGAGAAGAAGAAGCUCCUGUUGAAAGAGAAGAAGAAGCUCCUGUUGAAAGGGAAGAAGGAACUGCCGAAGGAGGAAGAUAUUUAAAAGAAGAAGAGGAAAAAAUGGUUCAUGAAGGAGCAUACUUUUAUGAUGUACCUAAAGAACAAGUUUCUCAGGAAGUAGCAGAAGGCGCUCAGGUUAAUGAACAUGCUCCUGAGGGAGAAAGACAAUAUGUUGAUGAAGGUAGAGAAAUGGGAGGGGGAGAAGGAGCUCCUAAUGUACAACAGGAAGUUGAACAACCAGCUGAACAGCCAUUUCCACUGUUUGGGGAGAGAACAAAUUAUGUCGUAAGUGCUUCCAUAUGUCAAUAUCCCUACUUUGUGAACACAUAUAUGAAUGCAUAUAGUGACGAUAAGGAAGAACAGAAGAGAAAAAAAGAAAUAAAAGAAGAAAAAACCGAAGAGGAACUCCUGAAAGAGAAGAAAAAAAGUGAAAAGAAAUUAAAUAAGAGGCGCAAAAAAGUAUACAAUGGUCCACUCGGUAAAAUAGAAGAAUAUGAAGACCAAGUAGAAGAGGAGCGCAAAAGAUCUUUAAAAGAUGAGAUGAAAGAGCAAAGGAAGAAAAUGGAGAAGCAAAAUACAUUAUGUUCAUGGGAUGAAAAUAAAUUCCACAUGGCAGGGUAUGAAGAAAUAGAAUAUCUAGAAGAAAUAGCAAAAGCUAGGGAAAGAUCAUUAAGACGUGGUAAGGAAGAAUAUAUAGAUGAUGAGGACGAAAUGAACAAAUUGUUAUUUGGGGAAUUGAACAAAUUAGAAAAUUACGGAACGCAUAAAAAUAGUUCUUUCUGCUACGAAAUGUCUUGUUUUGACGAAAGAUUGAGCGACUAUGAAAUAAAUAAGGAAUUGAAAGAAAUGGACAAAUUUCCUAAAAAAUACGAAUUGAUCUCUCUUUACUGGCAAUCAUUCCUAAAUGAAAGAAGUAAAUAUAUUAAUGCUAACAAACGUCUGUUUAAAAAAUUCUUAGAAUUAAAAAAAAAACAAAAUUUCGAAACUAUCUCAGGAUAUAAGAACAAAUGGAAAAAAUGUAGUAAAAUAGUUGGUAAUAACUUUAAAGAACAACGCGAACAUGUUAAUGAUAUAUUUUAUACAUCUGUUGUAAAGGAAAAUUUAAGCAGAGAUGAAUUUAAAGAGAUCUUAAAGGAUGUUAGGGAUUCAUGGAAAGAAGUCACCCUUAAAGUAACGGAUGAAUGUACAGCUCUUUUGGAAGAACCAAUUGUCCCAGAAGUCAAAAUCAUCUACUAUCACCCUUAUGAUGGAACCGCACGUUUUAGAGUUACACGUCUGAGCAGCCCCCAUCCAAGUUCCUAA